ACGUUUAGGAUGCGUUGUGGUGUAACGUUACUUGUUACGAUCGGAGUUGCAGUAAAGACUGAUAUCAGACGUGAAAAAUGCUCAUGGAUUGGAAGAUCGUCGUUCCUUUGCUCGCGGUGGCAUUCAUCGUGGCGAGCGCCGCUGGGACACCGGGGGGCGUCAUGGACGCAGAUAUGAAGGACCAAACUACUAGAGACGCGCUGCAGUUCGCUGUGGCCGAAUACAACAAGAGAACAAACGACCUGUAUGUUUGGCAGAUGGCCAAGGUUGUCAAGGCUCAGAAACAGGUGGUAGCUGGGAUGAAGUACAUCUUCACAGUGCAGAUGGCCAGGACCCUGUGCAGGAAGGGAGGUUUGGAGAAGGACUGCACUGUGCAUCAGGACCUAGCUGUGACCAACCAGUGCACCUUUGAGGUGUGGAGCCGCCCCUGGCUGGGAGCGAUCCAGUUGACCAAGAAUGACUGCCAGCCGUAAAGACCCAGAGGAGAGACGACUUCGUCUAGUCUUCCACAUUACUAGUGCAAUGUAUUACUAAUGCUGGUCAACCUCUGACUAUAUAAACAAUAAUAUAACUAAUAAUUAUCUUACUUUAUUCAUUCCCACACCAAUAAAAUAACUUUUGUCUUAAAUUUAGUAUUAAAAUAGAUUGUAAACUCUAUGCAAAAGUUGAACUAAAUAUAGAAAUGGUUUGUAACAUCUACAUGUGGUUUAUUUAUAUAUUUUAAGGGUUUGAUCAGCUAAAUAUUGCGGAAAUAAUAUUAGUUCCAUCAAUGUAAUUGUCCAUUUCCAAUCCCCCAUAUAUUUUUGGAGUAAACUAAUAAACACCAAAUUAUGUAUUUGGUCACCGACAAACAAGCAAGAUUUCUGGCUCUCACAGACUCUGACUGGUCCACCAGCGACUCCUGUGUCUAUAUCCGCAGUAAAACAAGUCCUAUAUCAACGUAACCUGAAAGGCCAGCAAGGAAGGAGGCACUGCUCCAAAACUGCCAUAAAAAUAGCCAGACUACGGCUGCACAUGGGGACAAAGAUCAGACUUUUUGGAGAAAUGUCCUCUGAAACAAAAAAUAUAAUUGUUUGGCCAUAAUAACCAUUGUUAUGUUUGGAGGAAAAAGGGGAGGCUUGCAAGCCGAAGAACACCAUCCCAACCGUGGAGCACAGGGGUGGCAGCAUCAUGUUGUGGGUGUGCUUUGCUGCAGGAGGGACUGGUGCAAUUCACAAAUUAGAUGGCAUCAUGAGGAGGGGAAAAUGAUGUGGACAUAUUGAAGCAACAUCUCAAGACAUCAGUCAGGAAGUUAAAGCUUGGUUGCAAAUGGGUCUUCCAAAUGGACAAUGACCCCAGGCAUAGUUCUAAAGUUGUGGCAAAAUGGCUUAAGGACAAAAAAGUCAAGGUAUUGGAAGUGGCCAUCACAAAGCCCUGACCUCAAUCCCAUAGACAAUUUGUGGGCAAAACUGAAAAAGCCUGUGUGAGCAUGGAGGCCUACAAACCUGAUUCUGUUACACCAGCCCUGUCAGGAGGAAUGGGCCAAAAUUCACCCAACUUAUUGUGGGAAACUUGUGUAAGGCCACCCAAAACAUUUGACCCAAGGAUAAACAAUUUAAAGGCAAUGAUGUAGCUCCCUUCAGUAACCACGAGCACAACCGUUCCUUUAUUUUAACUGACGGCUUUAUUCUAUAGUUUUAGUCAGAAUUAUCACCUUCCGUGAGAACUAUAAAGUAAAUGAAAAAUACAGUUAAGCACACUCUUACAACCUUAUCUUACGAGUGACUUAUUAGCUUGGUAUAACUCUGAAGUGCUUACAUGCAUAACAUUUACAUUUAAGUCAUUUAGCAGACGCUCUUGUCCAGAGCGACUUACAAAUUGGUGCAUACACCUUAUGACAUCCAGUGGAACAGCCACUUUACAAUAGUGCAUCUAAAUCUUUUUAGGGGGGGGUGAGAAGGAUUACUUACCCUAUCCUAGGUAUUCCUUGAAGAGGUGGGGUUUCAGGUGUCUCCGGAAGGUGGUGAUUAACAGUUUAACCGGCGUUAUAACAGGUUCAGAUUAACACAUGAAUAAAGGAACAAAUACCUCAUUGGCUGCUUAUUACAGAAGGGAGGAAAUCAAACUUCACACUUAUUAUUCCUGGCAUGAAUUCACACUUCAUCCUAACAUACAUUCUUCAACCUUUAUGAACUACACCCGAUGACAUGAAAACUUAGCUAACGCAGCGCAGGAUUGCCUUCCCUCCAAAGGUGUGUUGCUACAAUAAGGAUCCCCGUUACAACAGUAUUAGCUACGUAGUUCCGCUUGUAUUAUCAUUUCCCCCGCACAGCAGACACAUAAACAAUUCAAACAAAAGACAACGACAUAACCUGUAAGUCUAACUGUCAGUUACAAAUGAUACCAAAUACUAAUUGAGUGUAUGUAAACUUCUGGCCCACUGGAAAUGUGAUUAAAGAAAUAAAAGCUGAAAUAAAUCACUCUCCACUAUUAUUCUUUCACAUUCUUAAAAUAAAGUGGUGAUCCUAACUGACCUAAAAUAUAAUUUUAACGAGGAUUAUGUCAGACAUGGUGAAAAACUGAGAUGAAAUGUAAUUGGCUAAAGUGUAUAUAAACUUACAACUUCAACUGAAUCUUAUCUCAGUUCACUGGUCACGAUAACAACACCCACCCAUAGCACACGUUCACCCGGCCACAGCUGCACCAAAAUAGCCUCCAACACUCUCCUCAGCAAACUGGAUGCAGUCUAUCACAGUGCCAUCCGUUUUGUUACCAAAUCACCUUAUACCACCCACCACUGCGACCUGUAUGCUCUAGUCGGCUGGCACUCGCUACAUAUUCGUCGCCAGACCCACUGGCUCCAGGUCAUCUAUAAGUCUAUGCUAGGUAACAGGUAUAUCUCACUGGUCAUCCCCAAAGCCAACACCUCCUUUGGCCGCCUUUCCAUUUCUCUGCUGCAAGUGACUGGAACGAAUUGCAAAAAUCGCUGAAGCUGGAGACUCAUAUCUCCCUCAACAACUUUAGACAUCAGCUAUCUGACCAGCUAACCAAUCGCUGCAGCUGUACAUAGUCCAUCUGUAAAUAGCUGUUGGGGGAAAUUGUUGUUGAAAUGAUUAAUAAUGUAUACAUUUCAAUUAGAACCAUUUAUUCUAAUUCUAUUAUGUAUGGGCUCUUGGUUAAGCUGUUACUGAAAAUGUAAGCAAAACUAAUUAAUUGUCUGUACCUCUCGGGAAGUUUAAGAGAGAGGGAUGACGUAUCUUUCCUGACAGAUAAGAAUGGUCCUUGAUGUACCAUUUGUGGAGGAGAAGAUAUCUUUUAGACAGAUUGGAAUGUCUGGUUUAUGAGGGGAGUAGAAAACAUCUCCGGACCUAAAAACACUGGGCUAUUGUGAGAAUCGGAGAGAGUGUGGGAAACUGAUGAUGUAAUUUCCAGUUUAUAACCUGUGGAAAUGUGUAUGUGGUUAGUACUCACUCGAAUUAAACACUGUUACCUUGGCUUUUAA